AAGGGACAAAACGUCUCGUUUCGAUAUCAAUUUUUUAAGAUAGCAUUAUUAGCAUAGCACUGCACAGCUGAGCAGACAAAUUCGAAGAAGAAGCACAGUGAGUCUUAGCAAAGCAAAGAGAUGAGCUAUGCUGCGGUUGUGGUAGGGUCAGCUUUUGUUCCUUCUCUUCCUCUUAAUCCUAAUCCAAAUGGGUCUCUUCCUUCACCCAAUAAUACUUCGCAGAACACGGGUUGUGGUGCUGAGGACCCUAACCAUAAUACUAUGAAGCCAACAGUAACAGUUGCUGCUUCUUCUGGUUUUAAGUGGCGUUUGGUUAUAGCAUAUGAUGGCACCCAUUAUUCAGGUUGGCAAUAUCAGCAGUCACCACCAACCAUACAGUGCGUUGUGGAAAAAGCUUUAACUCAAGCAACAAAGCUAGAAAGGGAGGAUCUCCUUUUAGUUGGUGCGAGUAGGACAGAUAAGGGAGUUCAUGCCUUGGGUCAGGUUGCACACUUUGUUACACCUUUCAACUAUGACAGCUUGGAAAGCAUUCACGCAGCUCUGAAUGGUCUUCUUCCCUCUGAUAUCCGUGUUCGAGAGAUUAGCCCUGCCAUGCCCAAAUUCCAUGCUCGAUUCUCAGCAAAAAGAAAGAUUUAUCAUUACAAGAUAUAUAAUGACACCAUAAUGGACCCAUUUCAGCAUCGCUAUGCUUAUCACAGUCUCUAUAAACUUAAUGCUGCAGUCAUGAGAGAAGCUGCAAGUUAUUUUAUUGGAAAGCAUGACUUCUCUGCUUUUGUCAAUGCAUCUCACAAUGAUCGAGUGCGAGAUCCAGUGAAGAAUAUAUUCCGUUUUGAUGUCAUUGAAAUGGGAGCUCUUUUGCAGAUAGAAGUUGAAGGUUCAGGUUUCUUAUAUAGACAAGUGCGAAACAUGGUUGCCCUGCUUCUUCAAAUUGGAAAGGAAGCAAUUCCUCCUGAUAUUGUUCCCAUGAUUUUGGCAAGUCGAGAUCGCAAGGAGCUGGCUAAAUAUGCUUUGUCUGCCCCACCUCAUGGGCUGUGUCUUGUAACUGUAAACUAUAAUGAAGAGCACCUAGGGCUUCCAUCAGUUUGCCCCAAAACCAGUUUUGGUAGGCAUCAUACUAUAAGCAAAUGUAAGCUUCCAUUUUACUGAAAUCCAAUUGCAUUACAACAGAAAAAGGAUAGGAAGAUUAUUCAUCGAAUGGUGCAUGCAGCCUUUAACUCUCCACUAUUGGCAAUUCAUGGUAGGUAUUGUUGGAUUAUCUCUUUUAAGCAGGGUGCAUCAUUAAGGGAUAGACACUCUUUUCCUUCUCUUUUUUAUUGGAGACAUUAGGUCAUGUGACAUGCAAUGAUAGAAAAUAUUUUAGUUUUCUCUUAAA